CAAGAAGUUCGCCGAGAUAGUCAGUGAAGAUGGGGCGCCUAAAGCUCUUUUCGAUUGCGUGUACUAUUGGGCUGAUCGUGGUGCCGUUGGUGAAAUGUUUAAAUCUAACCGAACCGACAACCCGUGACUGGUGGCAAAAGGCGGCAUUCUAUCAAAUAUAUCCAAGAUCUUUUAUGGACAGUGAUGGCGACGGGGUGGGCGAUUUAAAUGGUAUUGCAUCGAAGUUACCAUACCUGAAGUCCAUAGGUGUAAAGGCAUUUUGGCUUUCACCGAUAUACAAAUCUCCGAUGGUAGACUUUGGUUACGAUAUAUCCGAUUUUCGGGACAUUCACGAGGAGUUCGGUACAAUGGCCGAUUUUGAGCGGCUAGUGGAGCAAGCGCGGAGUCUCGGCUUGAAGGUGAUUAUGGAUUUUGUACCGAAUCAUUCGAGUAAUCUGCACGAGUGGUUCAUCAAAUCGGAAAACCGGGAAUCUGGUUAUGAGGAUUACUACGUUUGGGAAGAUGGUAAAGAGAAUCCGGCUGGUGGUAGGAACUUGCCUCCAAAUAACUGGAUUCAAGCAUUCCGUGGCAGUGCAUGGCAAUGGAGCGAUAAGCGAGGGCAGUACUAUCUGCAUCAGUUCACCGUCGAACAACCGGAUCUUAACUAUCGCAAUCCGAAGGUGGUGCAGGAAAUGAAGGAUGUACUACUGUUCUGGCUGGACAAAGGAGUGGAUGGAUUUCGAAUCGAUGCCGUUCCGACACUUUACGAAGAUACGCAGCUGCGUGACGAACCGCCAAGCGGUUUGGUAGAUGAUCCGGACGAUACCAACUAUUUGCUGCACAUUUACACUCAGGAUUUGCCUGAAACGGUCGAGAUGGUGUACGAGUGGAGAGAGCUGAUCGAUGCUUAUCAACAGCAGCAUGGCGGUGAGACGAGGGUCAUCAUGACGGAGGCCUACUCAUCGCUGGAUGUGAUCAAAACCUACUACGAGAGCAGCACCGGACGAAUAGGAUCACAUAUGCCGUUUAACUUUAGACUGAUCACUGAAGUGGACAAGCAGUCGGUUGCAUCGGACUAUGUGCAGGUGGUGAAGGAGUGGAUGAGUAUAUUACCUGCUAGCCAGGUACCUAACUGGGUGAUGGGAAACCACGAUCGACCGCGGGUUGGCACUCGCCUUGGAGAGGAACGUAUUGACGCACUGAACAUGAUCCUGCUCAGUCUUCCUGGUGCGAGUGUUACGUAUCAGGGGGAAGAGAUUGGCAUGACGGAUGGUUAUGUCUCCUGGAAAGAUACUGUCGAUCCGGCUGCCUGCAAUGCGGGUGAGGACUUGUACGAAGAAAAGUCACGCGAUCCAUGCCGUACACCUUUCCAGUGGGAUGAUACAGCGAUGGCAGGGUUUACUACUGGUCCCAAAACCUGGUUACCUGUCGGAGAACGGUACAAGGAAGUGAACGUGGCAGUACAAGAGCUAGCUGAAAAGAGCCACCUAAAAGUGUAUCGAUCAAUGAUGGGCCUUAGAAAAUCGAGAACCUUUCAAUUUGGUACGGUGAAAGCAGUCGCAUUGAAGGAUACGGUAUUGGCGGUCGUGCGGGAACUAUCGAACUUUAGCACUUACAUUACGCUGGCCAAUCUCGGCAACCAGCUUGAGGUGAUCAAUGCCAUUGCACUGUCCGAUUCGUUACCGGAUAAACUGUAUUUCGAUGUAGUUAGUACCGAUUCACACAACAUUCGAGGAGGAUCAGUAGCAACGAAGGAUAUCGUUUUGCUGCCUAACGAGGCGUAUGUGUUGAAGGCACACGUUGGACCAGUAGAAAAAGUGUACUCGUCGAUUUGCGAUAGUUGGUUUGAAUAAACGAUCAAGUUAUUGCAAAAAACAAA